GAGAGCCCCAAGAAGCUGAAGAUCUUUCUCUGUACAUACACACAUUCUUGUAUAGAUCCCACCAGCAGUUCCUUCCUGUGCUGUUCGUCGCAAGAACCCCAUUGUUCAACCGGUGUCUGUCCAAAUGGAUCCCAUUAGCAUGGAGCAGGUCAGGGCCAUGAACAAGUACAGAAAGAGCAGGAGACAGCCGCAUCUUCCUACUCUCUACAUGGCUGUCACCUUUGUCCUCUGCCUGCUGCUCACUAGCCCUGCCUGGUUCCCCCGCAUGUGCUCCGCCCUCGGCUUCUUCUUCCUCACCACUGUCCCUGACUUGGUCACCGCCUUCCUGCUCAGCCCCAAGUGCCUCUUCGUCGUCGGCAACCUCAUCGUCGCCUUCCUCGUCGGGGAGUCUAGGCUGGCGCCGAGGAGGGGCGACGACGACGACGACCGGCCUUCAUUGGUGAACGAGAUACACGAGGAGCACAUGAAGAAGAACGCGGCGUUGACCGCAGCAACGGCGGCGGCGGCGGCUCAGGCCGACCACAGCGCCUUCGUUGGAGCUGUUGGGAAGCGAGUGGAGGUGAAGGAAGAGGAGGAGGAACUGCACAAGAGAGUGGAGGACUUCAUCGCAAGGGUCAAGAAGCAAAGGAAGCUGGAGCUCAAGAGUUUCUUCGAUGUCGAUCGAUGAAGGCUAUGAUCUGGCAGGUGGUGCAAAUUACAGCAAGAUUGAGCACUAAACCUAAAGAUGCUCUGUGCUGCUAGUUAUCCUUCAUUCUGUCACUUAUUAGGUUAGAAUGUCAGAGGUUAAACGAGAAGGAGAUGAACCCAUUCCACUGUAGGAAUUGCAGUGUAUCUGAGGUGGAGCCAUGGCAAGUAGAGUAUAGUAUUGUAUUAGGAAAAGGAGAGGAGGCAAUGGAUGUGUGUGAUCUCUGAAAAAUUAUUCGGGUGUGGCUGUUCGUUUCGUAUUAAAGACGACUGUUUGACUGCU